GCCAAUCCAGCACGCAACAAUGAGGAUCCAGAUUAGCGUAGUAUUUUUGGCGAUGUGCACCGUGUCCAUUGCUAAAGAAGCAGCCACUAACAAAGAAGGAGCCAAGAAGAACGAGAAGCGAGGCCUGCUGGGUCUAGGAGAUGGCGGUUUCGGUUACGGCGGUGGCCACGGCGGCGGCUUUGGCGGCGGCGUUGGUGGUGGCUUCGGGGGUGGAUUCGGGGACGGAAUCGGAGACGGCGGCUUUGGAGGCGGCGGCGCGGCCGCUGGCGGCGGACAAGUGACCUCCGUGACCAUCACCAGGGAGGUGCCGGUGGCGGUGCCACAGCCGUACCCGGUGGCCGUCGAGCGCAACGUGCCGGUCCCAGUAAACGUGCCCGUCCACGUGCCGGUGGACAGGCCGUACCCGGUCCACGUGCCACAGCCGUACCCAGUUCCCGUGGAGAAGCCGGUGCCUUACCCCGUGAGCGUACCCAGACCUGUCGCCGUGCCCGUGCCCCAGCCGGUGGUCGUCAAGCAACCGGUUCCCGUCAUCAUCGGCAGCGGCGGCUCUGGUGGCUUCGGUGGACUCGGAGGCCUCGGGGGAUCUUCUCUCGCCGGCCACGGUGGUUUCGACGGUGGAUUUGGAUCUUCCUCCUUCGGCAGCCACGGAGGAUACGGAGGUGGCGGCCAUGGAGCGCACGUCAGCUUUUCGUACAUCGGACACCAUCCGAGAGAAACGAGCAGACGCAGCCAGGUGAACAAUACUGGUCCUCUGGCGCCUGGAGGCAGGCGGCGGCAUGUAACAACAGGUGCCGGGAGAAAGCGCGCGGAGGGACCGACCGCUCUCCGCCGCAGCUCCUAUAAAAGGGGCGCCGUCGUCGGAAGAGGCAUCAGUCAUUCGUUGCAUCCGGCACACACACGAGCAGCGAUGAGGAUCGUGUCGACUUUAGUUUUUCUGGCGGUGAGUACCGCGUCCCUUGCAAAGGAAGAUGGCACUAAGAAUGGAGGCAAGGCCGCGAAGAACGAAAAGCGAGGGCUGUUCGGCCUCGGAGACGGCGGCUUCGGCGGCGGAUACGGCGGCGGCUUCGGAGGCGGCCACGACUUUGGAGGCGGCUUCGGCGGCGGCGGCUUCGGAGGCGGACACGGAGGAGACCUGGGUGGAGGCUUCGGAGGCGGCUACGGGGGAGGACUCGGCGGAGGCUUCGGAGGCGGAGUUGGCGUCAGCGAAGGCAAGAUCAAGGCCAUCACCAUCACCAAGGAAGUGCCCGUGCCUGUUCCACAGCCGUACCCCGUCACAGUGGAGAAGAAGGUCCCCUACCCUGUGAAGGUCCCCGUGAAGGUCCCCGUGGACAGGCCGUACCCCGUCCCUGUGCCGAAGCCGUACCCUGUCCCUGUUGAGAAGCCGGUGCCCUACCCGGUGAGUGUACCCAAGCCUGUCCCUGUGCCCGUGCCCCACCCUGUGGUGGUGAAGCAGCCUGUGCCAGUCGUGGUUAAGGACAGCGGGUACGGAGGCGGCUUCGGCGGAGGUUUCGGCGGAGGUCUUGGUGGAGGCCACGGCAGCUUCGGCGGAGGAUUCGGAGGGUCGUAUUUCGGUGGUCACGGAGGGUACGGAGGUGGCGGCUUCGGUGGACACGGAGGGUUUGGCGGGGGCAGCUUUGGCGGUCACCACUAGUACAAUGUCGGCAGGUCACCCUAUCUGCUGGUAGCGACUCAUCAUCUAGUCUUCUUACACUGACCAGAAAGGCUUGUAAAUUUUAAUAUUUUUCUAUGAAAUAAAUGAUAUUUACAAAUGA